CAGCUGAUUGCGAUAGCGCGAGCAGCAAUUGAAGCAAACAAGGAAAAUAAACCGGCUCCUUGAACAAAUGGAAUAAAUAAAAUACCAACAGGAUGUCUCGCAGUUGUUUUCUCAAGCCCAACAAAUAUUGGCCCCUAGCCACUCAACGCUUCGCCAGCCAACAUCAGUGGCAACAGCCUACAAUUGGCAAAGAUGUUGGUAUACGCAUAUAUAAUUGUACAGCUCGCCAUAAAGUACCGUUGAUACUGUCCAAUAAUACAUACGCUACUUGGUAUACAUGUGGUCCCACCGUUUACGAUUCCAUGCAUUUGGGACAUGCAAGCUGUUACGUUAAAUUGGACAUCAUACAACGCAUAUUGCGCGAGCAUUUCAAUAUGAACCUUGUUACUGCUAUGAACGUUACCGAUAUUGAUGAUAAAAUAAUACAGAAAAGUGUUGAAAGUAGGAAGAGUUGGCGCGAAUUGUCGCGCUUCUACGAAAGUGAGUUCUGGUCGGAUUUACGGCUACUCAAUGUACAUGAACCAAAUAUAAAACUACGCGUCACUGAGCAGAUGCCGUACAUUGUCGACUUUAUUCGACGUAUUGUAGAACAAGGACAGGCUUAUGAAGGUAGCGGUGGUAGCAUUUAUUUUGAUGUAAACAAGUGCGCAAACUAUGGCAAGUUACAAAAAGUAAAUUUAUUGGACACAGCCGGGCAGACAACGGUUAAGGAUGGUAAAAUGAGCGCGGCAGAUUUUUCGCUGUGGAAAGCGCAAAAAAACGAGAAAGAACCGUCGUGGACUACGCCCUGGGGCGCAGGACGCCCUGGGUGGCAUAUCGAAUGCAGCACGUUGGCUAGCAUGAUUUUUGGAAAACAUAUAGACUUUCAUGCUGGGGGCCUGGAUUUGCGCUUUCCACAUCAUGAAAACGAGGAGGCACAAAGUUGUGCAUACCAUAACACUCAGCAAUGGGUAAAUUAUUGGUUGCACACUGGGCAAUUGCAUGUUAAGGGACAAAAGGAAAAGAUGUCAAAAUCAUUAAAAAACACUAUCUCAGUUGGCAAAAUGUUGCAACACUAUACGGCUGAUGAGUUCCGCAUGGCAUGCGCGCUCUCGAAUUAUCGAAAUGAAAUGCAGUACAGCGAGGAAUUAAUGCAGACAUCAAGAAACACAUUGAAACGUUUUAGAACCUUCAGAGCGGACUGCCUUGCAUACCUGAGUGGGAAAAAGCAGAGCGCUCUAGUGGAGGCAAGUGAGUUGGUGGGCGGUUUGCAGCGUGCGCUUCAGAAAAUAGAUGCCUGCUAUAAAGAUGAUUUUGAUACGGCGAGCAGCAUUACUGUACUGCUAGAUCAAGCAAGUACGGUGAAUCGGCACAUUAACGCAGCAGACGGUGGAGAAGUUGAGUAUAGAUUGACUGUAGGCAGCUGCAUGGACGCAAUAGCCGCAGUGGAUAAUGCUGUGCAACAACAUUUAGGCAUUCUCGGCUUUGAUUUUGUGAAGGACUCAAACCCGCAGGCGAUAAGUACGGCGUCAGAAUUCGAUUUAGAUGGUUUAGUGGAGGAUUUGCUGCAGUCUAGGCGAUCAAUUCGCGAACUUGCGGUAGCUGCUAAGAACAAAGAACUAUUUCGUAUAUGUGACGAACUGCGUAAUUGCUUGCGACAACAUGGAAUUGAUAUACAGGAUCACAGUCAAGGGACCUCAUGGCAAUUUAGUGGGAAAAAGAAAUAAAGUUUGACUUUGUAUGCGUUACUCAUAA